AAAGAACCGAAAACCGACAUCGCUACUCGUACUCCAAAAUGUUCCUCAAACACCUUUUCCUAUCAGCGGUGCUCUUGGUUUGCGUCGCUGGAGCACGUUUGAAGCACCAGGUCGAGUACGAGACGGCCGUAAAGCACGAACCGAAACCACAUCAUCAGUUCGAGGAGGUCGAUGCCGGUAAGGAGCUGGCAGACGAUGCCACACAGGAAGGCGGUGCCGGCGGUCCCGAGGAUUACUACGCGUAUCCCAAGUAUCAGUUCGAGUACGGUGUCAAGGAUCCGCUCACCGGUGAUCACAAGAGCCAGUGGGAGAUGCGCGAUGGUGAUAUUGUCAAGGGAGCGUACACGCUGGAUGAGCCCGAUGGUACGCAGCGCAUCGUGGAGUAUCGGGCCGACGAUGUCAACGGAUUCCAGGCGAUCGUGAAGCGGAUCGUAAAACCGGAGGCGACGCACGAAGCGAUCCAGAAGCUCGCCCAGGCAGGUCCAGGCGCGGGAGUCGGCCAGAGUUACAGCAAGCUGAAGAAGUUUAGCUAA